AUGUCCAAGCUCGAGGUCGAUCCGGAGCUCGGCGCCGCCGCGGAGAAGCCGGCGGCGGCGGCGCGGGUCGCCGCGGCGCCCAAGAAGGUGGCGGAGGAGGAGGACCCGCGCCUGCGCUGGGCGUUCGUGCGCAAGGUCUACGCCAUCCUCGCCCUGCAGUUCGCCUUCACCGCGGCCCUCGCCGCCGUCGCCUGUCUCGUCCACCCCAUCCCGCGCUUCUUCCUCGCCGGCUCCGUCGCUUCCUGGUCCGUCUUCAUCACCAUCAUCCUCGCCCCCUUCCUCGUGAUGUGGCCGAUGCUCAAGUACAGGCAGAAGCACCCCGUCAACCUCUGGAUGCUGGCGCUAUUCACGCUCUGCAUCAGCAUCAGCGUCGCCGUCACCUCCUCCACCGUAGCGGGGAAAGCGCUUCUUCAGGCUGCAAUCCUCACAGCUGUUGCAGUCGCUGGCCUCACCCUCUUCACAUUCUGGGCAGCAAACAGAGGCUAUGAUUUCACCUUCAUGUUUCCCUUCUUAUUCACGAGCCUCCUUGUUCUGCUCGUGUACCUCCUCAUCCAGAUGUUCGUUCCACUGGGAAGGGUUGGUGUGACUAUCUAUGGCUGCGUCGCCACCGUGCUGUUCUCUGCCUUCAUCGUCUUCGACACCAACAUGCUGGUCAAGCACCACACCUACAAUGAGUACGUCGUCGCGGCGAUCUCGCUCUACCUCGACGUGAUAAACCUGUUCAUGGCCCAGCUUUCCUUCGCCGCCAUCCAGUGAUCUGCCGCUCUCACCUCCCUGCCAGAUGACAACGCUCUUCCAGUGCAGUGCUUCAUGAACAAAGUUGGUUAUGUACUUAUGGCACCUUACCUAUAUGUUCAGAACAGCGGUAUAGGUCUACAUAGCUGGAGACCAUUUGUAAUUAGGCACAGCUCUAGCGUGCUAUGGUACAUUCCGUUGCCCUAUUAGCUCUAGAUAUUACCGAGACCUGGAAGCACAUCUUAUCACCUUAUAUAGUCCUAAUUGUCGGGUCGCUGCAAUGGACAUGAAGUAGCCAUUCGGUUAAGUUCUGUUGAUGUGCUUUUCUGUUC